AUGGCACCAUCAAGACAGUCUUCAAGGCCGUCCCUGAGGAAAGCCUCAAGCGUGGCCAGCUAUGAUAGGGACAUGCAACCAGCAGACCCUCUCGCGAGGGUCACCAGCAUGAACUCGGAGAGGGAGCAAGUCGAGGACGAAAAGGAAAUCGCCGAGGCUGCGCUAGAGGGCCACAGGGUUGACCGGGAUCAAGAUGACUAUGACUACGCCGGCGAGGCAAUGGAUGACUACCACUCGGAGAGCGACAGCAACAACGAGAAGGAAAAGGGGAAGGCCACGACCGAGACGCGGCAGGAGUUCCACCGGACCAGGAGUUAUGCCACGGACGCCAGCGCCACAACGCAGGCCACAAGCCACCACGCCGCCGACGAGAACAAGGCAAAGAAGCCGUGGUACCGGAAGCUCAACCCCCUGAGAUGGGGCAAGGUGCCGCCGGUGCCCGAGGUGCGCGAGGUGUCGCACGAGCACAAGGCCAGCUUCAUCAGCCAGCUGUUCUUCCUCUGGCAGGGCCCGCUGAUGACCACGGGCUACAAGCGGCCGCUGGAGCAGAAGGACAUCUGGUCCGUCAACCCGGAUCGGAGCGUCAUCAAGAUGUCCGAGGAACUCAACGCGUCCUUCAAGAGGCGCUCCGCCGCCGGCCACAAGUACCCGCUGCUGUGGGCCCUGCACGAGGUCUACCACUUCGAGUUCUACCUCAGCGGCGCCUGCCAGCUCUCGUCCACCAUCAUGCAGGUCAUGUCGCCCUUCACCCUGCGGUACCUGAUCCAGUUCGCCACCGACGCCUACCUGGCGCAGACCACGGGCAGCCCGGUACCCAACAUCGGCAGGGGGCUGGGGCUGGUCUUUGGCGUGACGGCCAUGCAGAUACUCCAGAGUCUGGGGACCAACCACUUCAUCUACAGGGGCAUGUUGAUCGGCGGCAUGUCAAGAGCUGCCCUCAUCAGCCUGAUCUACGAGAAGUCCAUGGUCGUGUCGGGCCGGGCCAAAGCGGGAGGCAGGUCGCUCGCCGACAACCCGGAAAACGGGAGUGAGACCGCCAACGGGAACGAGAAGCUGGAUGAGAAGAAGAAGGGCAGCAAGAAGCAGAGCAAGAAGGAUAAGAAAAAGGCCAGUGCUCAACCCAAGGCUGGCGUCCUUGGAGACGGGAUCGGCUGGGGCAACGGGCGGGUGGUCAGUCUGAUGAGCGUCGACACUUACCGCAUCGACCAGGCCUGCGGUCUCUUCCACCUCAUCUGGACGGCGCCGCUGUCGUGCCUCAUCACGCUCGCCCUGCUGCUCGUCAACCUGACGUACAGCGCCCUGUCGGGCUUCGCCCUGCUGGUCAUCGGCAUGCCGCUGCUCACCAGGGCCAUCAAGAGCCUGUUCCGGCGGCGGAUGCUGAUCAACAAGGUGACGGACCAGCGCGUGUCGCUGACGCAGGAGAUCCUGCAGUCGGUCCGCUUCGUCAAGUACUUCGGGUGGGAGAGCUCGUUCCUGGGGCGGCUGGCGGAGCUGCGCGGCAAGGAGAUCGGCAUGAUCCAGCGGCUCAUGUCGCUCCGCAACGCCAUCAUGGCCGUCUCGCUCUCGCUGCCCAUCUUCGCCUCGAUGCUGUCCUUCAUCACCUACACGCUCUCGAACCACGGCCUGGCGCCCGCAGAGGUCUUCUCCUCCCUCGCCCUCUUCAACGGCCUGCGCAUGCCGCUCAACCUGCUGCCGCUCGUCAUCGGCCAGGUCACCGACGCCUGGAACUCGCUCAAGCGCAUCGAGGAGUUCCUCCUGCUGGAGGAGCAGGCCGACGAGGCCACCUUGAAGCCCGACGCCCCGAGCGCCGUCGAGAUGCACGGCGCGAGCUUCACCUGGGAGCGCACCCCGACCCAGGAGAACAACCAGGUCCCCGGCGGCGGUGGCAAGAAGCAGGGCGGCGGCGGCAGGAAGGCGGCCCCCGCCACCAAGGAGAAGGACACGCCGCCGCAGCAGGCCGCCGAGGUGGACGACAACGGCAGCACCCUGGUGGAGGAGCGCGAGCCGUUCAAGCUGCACGACAUCGGCUUCGAGAUCGGCCGCAGCGAGCUGGUCGCCGUCAUCGGCACCGUGGGCAGCGGCAAGACGUCGCUGCUUGCCGCGCUGGCUGGCGACAUGCGCAAGACGAGCGGCGAGGUGGUGCUGGGUGCGUCGAGGGCUUUUUGCCCGCAGUAUGCGUGGAUUCAGAACACUACUGUAAAGGACAAUAUUCUGUUCGGGAAAGAUAUGGAUCGGUCGUGGUACAAGGAAGUCAUCAAAGCCUGUGCUCUCCAGCCUGACCUGGACAUGUUGCCCAACGGUGAUGCGACCGAGAUUGGUGAGAGAGGCAUCACGAUCUCAGGCGGUCAGAAGCAGCGGUUGAACAUCGCCCGCGCCAUCUACUUCGACGCCGACAUCAUCCUCAUGGACGACCCGCUCAGUGCCGUCGAUGCCCACGUGGGCCGUCACAUAUUCGAUAAUGCAAUCCUGGGCCUACUCAAGGACAAGUGCCGUAUCCUGGCGACGCACCAGCUGUGGGUGCUCAACCGCUGUGAUCGGAUUAUCUGGAUGGACCAGGGCCGCAUCCAGGCCAUCGACACCUUUGACAACCUCAUGAAGGAGCACGUCGGCUUCCAGCAGCUUAUGGAGUCGACUGCGCUGGAGGAGAAGGAGGAGGGCGCCGAGGUGACCCAGAUGCCCGAUGCCAAUGAGGCCAAGGGCAAGAAGAAGAAGGGCAAGAGCCUGAUGCAGAGCGAAGAGCGCGCCGUGGCCAGCGUGCCGUGGUCCGUGUACGGUGACUAUGUCCGCGCGUCGGGGUCGCUGUUCAACGCGUUCCUGAUCUUCCUGCUGCUCGUCAUCUCGCAGGGUGCGAAUAUCAUGACCAGCCUGUGGCUGUCGUGGUGGACGUCCAACCAGUACAACCUCUCGAUAGGGCAAUACAUCGGCAUCUACGCCGGCUUGGGCGCGGUGCAGGCCAUGCUCAUGUUCGGCUUCAUGGUCACGCUGACGAUCGUCGGGACAUCUGCCUCCAAGACCAUGCUGCGCGACGCCAUCACGCGGGUCCUCCGCGCCCCGAUGUCCUUUUUCGACACCACCCCGCUGGGCCGGAUCACGAACCGAUUCUCGCGGGACGUGGACGUCAUGGACAACAACCUGUCUGACGCGAUGCGGAUGUACUUCUUCUCCGUGGCCGCCAUCCUGUCGACCUUUGCGCUCAUCAUCGCCUACUUCCACUACUUCGCCAUCGCGCUGGUGCCGCUCUUCUUCCUGUUCCUCUUCGCGACGAGCUACUACCGAACCUCAGCCCGCGAGGUUAAGCGCUUCGAGUCGGUCUUUCGGUCGACCGUCUUUGCCAAGUUCGGCGAGGGCUUGUCUGGGGUUUCCUCGAUCCGGGCGUACGGCCUGAAAGACCGGUUCAUCGACGACCUGCGCGUCGCCAUCGACGAGAUGAACGCUGCGUACUACCUGACCUUCAGCAACCAGCGCUGGCUGUCCGUGCGCCUCGACGCCAUCGGCAACGCCCUGGUCUUCACCACCGGCAUCCUCGUCGUCACGGAGCGGUUCAACGUGUCACCCUCCAUCGGCGGCCUGGUGCUGUCGUACAUCCUCGCCAUCGUGCAGAUGAUCCAGUUCACGGUGCGGCAGCUCGCCGAGGUGGAGAACGGCAUGAACGCCGUGGAGCGGCUGCGCUACUACGGCACGCAGCUGGAGGAGGAGGCGCCGCUGCACACGGUCGAGGUGCGGCCCACGUGGCCGGAGAAGGGCGAGAUCGUCUUCGACAACGUCGAGAUGUGCUACCGCGAGGGCCUGCCGCUCGUGCUCAAGGGGCUCGACAUGCACGUGCGCGGCGGGGAGCGCAUCGGCAUCGUGGGCCGCACGGGGGCCGGCAAGAGCUCCAUCAUGAGCACGCUGUUCCGGCUCGUCGAGAUCUCGGCGGGCCGCAUCACCAUCGACGGCGUCGACAUCUCCACCAUCGGGCUCAACGACCUGCGCAGGCGCCUCGCCAUCAUCCCGCAGGACCCGACCCUCUUCCGGGGAACCGUGCGCAGCAACCUCGACCCCUUCAACGAGCACGACGACCUCAAGCUGUGGUCGGCGCUGCGGCAGGCCGACCUGGUGCCCAGCGACGGCGGCGGCGGCAACGCCGACUCCGCCGGGUCGGACUCCCCCACCGCCAACACCAAGGACCCGUCGCGCAUCCACCUCGACAGCGUGGUGGAGGAGGACGGGCUCAACUUCUCCCUGGGCCAGCGGCAGCUGAUGGCGCUCGCCCGCGCGCUGGUGCGCGGCAGCCAGAUCAUCGUGUGCGACGAGGCGACGAGCUCGGUGGACAUGGAGACGGACGACAAGAUCCAGGCGACCAUCGCGUCCGGGUUCCGCGGCAAGACGCUGCUGUGCAUCGCGCACCGGCUGCGCACCAUCGUCGGCUACGACCGCAUCUGCGUCAUGGACCAGGGCCGCAUCGCCGAGCUGGGCCCGCCCCUCGAGCUGUGGGGCGUGGAGGGCGGCAUCUUCCGGGGCAUGUGCGAGCGCAGCGGCAUCCGGCUUGAGGAUAUCCGCGGCGCGAAGGAGGGGAUACGGGCUGCUGAGGCGGAGGGUGAGGGUGUCGGGAGGGUGAGGAGCUGGGAUGAUGAGGGGAAGAAUGAGAAGUCGUGA